AUGGAACCUCUCGAGGGCAAUGUGUUCGCUGUGGAAGCGCUCUUGAAAGAGCGAAAACGAAAGGGUAAAGUCGAGUAUCUGGUGAAAUGGAAGGGAUGGGGCAAUAAGCACAACACUUGGGAACCUCGUGAGAAUGUCUUGGAUGAUCGACUCUUCGACGAGUUUCAGAAACAGAAGCAGAAGAAUAAGAAAAGAAGUUCAAGUGGGAGUACUAGCAAAAAAUCAGAGACGACCACACCACCAAAGAAAAAAGCGCGACGGCUGGCCGGUGGUGACAUUCGGGAUGAAAGCAGCGAAAGCAGUGAACAUGAUGAAGAGCUCGGCUCACCAUCGACGUCAACAGUAGCGAAAGAUGAAAAGGAAUCGGACAUUGACCAGAGUUUCGCUUCAGAUGAGCGAUCAGAAGUGGCCGAUGUUCCAUCGGAACGCGAGGAACCACGCUCUGAGGACACCGCUGAAGCAGCAACACCCGUGUCAGAACCACAUCGUCCAGAACUGAAGGCGAGUGCC